AAAAAUGUGUUUAUAGUUAAGGACGUACGUAAUAGGUCACAUGUUUGAGCGCGGGACAAUUGCAUUCUGGGUAAUUCAAACAUGGAAUGCAGAGAAACGCACAUGGAAAGUUUUAUCUGCAUGGUCUAAGAGGGCGCACACGGUAAUUCAUGUUCAGGUGUGUCUGGUGCUGGAGCAGAUGGAGUCUCAGUGUCAGUGAUGAAGGGAGAUAUAGUCACUCUAGUCACUGGUGUUCAAACAGACCAACAAGAAAAAAUUCAUUGGUAUUUUAAUGACAAUCGAAUCGCUUACAUCAAUGGAAAUCUCAGUGAUAUCUGUACAGAUGUUCGGUGUGAUAAUAGAAAUGAGAGAUUCAGAGGCAGACUGAAGCUGGAUCAUCAGACUGGAUCUCUGACCAUCAUGAACGCCAGAAACACAGACUCUGGAAAUUAUAAGUUAGAGAUAAUCAAAGAAGGUGUUUCCGCUGCUGAACGAGAUGGAAAAUGUGUGAAGGAGGGAGAAAACGUUCAUUUUGAUUCUGGUGUUACAAAUGAACCUGUUGUUUCGAUGAUGUGGCUUUUUAAUUGCACCCCCAUCUUUAAAAUCACCAAAGAUCAGUGUAAGAUCUCGACAGACGGAGAGUGUGGAGAGAGAUUCAACAACAGACUGGAGGUGACCGGAUCUCUGACCGUCACAGACACCAGAACCACAGACUCUGGGAUUUAUCAACUUCAGUUUAACAGCAGCAGAUUCAGCAUCAUUAGGUGCUUCAGAGUCACUGUCACUGAUUCAUGUCUGCCUUCAGGAAAACGUGGGAUGGUUUCCGGUGACUCUACUGACUGACAUGAUUCAGCUGUUUCUUGAAGGUGGAGAUGUUCUCUUUAGAUCAGAUGGUGGUUAAACGUUCCUCGAGAGAAGCUUCUCGUUGUGCUGAAACCACUAGGCACUCAACUUCUUUUAUACGUUAUUCAGUUCAACAAUAACCUACUUUUAGCAUAAAUUCGUAGAACAAAUGCUUGGCUGUACUCAGAUCAGCAUUUAAUGCUCAGUUUGUACUGUGACAAGUUAACCGUUUACAAUCUUACCACGAGUUUUUGGGAUAGUCUACUUGAUUAUUUAUUUUACCAAAUGGGGUGAUCUUCCAUGUGAAGAAGAUCGUUACAAUGCAUUAGAAUUUGACAUCUUGAAAGAAAAGAAAUGAAUUGGAUAAAUACACAGUACAUGAAUGAGAUUUUUUCACUUUAUUUGCACGUUUACAUUGUAAGCAUAUCAUUUUUACUGUUGCUUUUAAUAACACAAUAUAAAAAACUCCAACAGUCUGCUGUUUUAAAUAAACUUUUUGAAUGAUAUAAAUGACAGCUUUUGAAGUAAACUGUGUUAUUUUAUUAUUGUUAUUACAUUAGUACUAUUGUAGUUCACAUUUGUAAUUAGUUUGAGUAGUUUACAUAUGAUUUUAAUUUUAAUUUUGAGUCAUUUUGAUUUUGCAAUUGUUAUUGUUUAUUUGGAUGUCAAUAGUUUUGUUAAUUUUAUUUCAUUUUCAGUACUACAUUAUUUUGUUUCAUUAAACACAC